AUGGCGACUCUUAUCUCUCGAGGAAUAGUUUCGCCUUCAAAUGCCGAAUUGCUUCACAACACGAUUGGUUUGAACGCAACUUGGGUGAUGGCCAAGAUGCGUUUCGAAGAUUGGCUUAUGUGUGUUGCCAUGUGCUUCUAUAGCGUUCUUCUGGUCUUGAUCAACGUAUCAGCUAGAUAUGAAACCAAUCUGUUCCCACCAGAACAAUUGGCUUCUAUCUUGGCUGACCCCGAAGAUGUUGCUUCUCGUAUCUAUGGCUCUAUCAUUGUAAUCCCGCUUGAGCAAUGCAUGCUUGCAUCUACUUGGUGUGUCAAGAUUUGUAUUUGGCUGUUUUUGUGGCGUCUUUGCCGCAAUCUUCCAAAUUUGCAAAUGGCACUCAAGAUACUCAUGGCCUACAUCAUUUCCGGAUAUGUCAUCAUCAUGUUUGUUUACUAUGUCGGUGUCUGCCGUCCUUUCAAACAAUACUGGGCAGUUCCUGUUCAAAAUGAACAAUGCGCAACUUAUCAACAUUAUUCCAUCGUUCAAAUGGCCUUCAACAUAUCUUCCGAUCUCGGCUUGAUCAUUAUUCCGCUUCGAAUGUUCUGGAUUGCACGUUUGCCACACAGACGUAAGGCUAUCUUGAUGGCUGUUUUCUCUCUCGCUGUCUUUACAAUCCUCGCUGCUGUUCUGAACAAGUACUACAAUUUCGCCAGCCCAAUGACAACAACUUAUCAACUUUGGUACAUCCGUGAGUCCUCCGUGGCCAUCUGGGUUGGUAACCUUAUUUGCUGUUGGCAGAUAGUUCAAAAGAUUUUCAAAGCUCGAUCUUUUGACAACCAAAAGGCCGAGAUUGAAAUGAACCCAGAGAUGAUUGCGCGCAUGCAACAUCCUUCAAACUACACUGAGCAUGGCAGCCCCAAGCCCAAAGACUGGAUGGAUCAGCUCAUUGCUCGUCGCAGAGCUUUGGGGGAAUUCCUCUCUGUUCAUACCACUCGUCUUACCACCCGUGGCACUAGUCGUUCUGGAGCACACUUGAACUCUUCCAGUGAUCAAGCUGCAUUUGCCAACUCUCGUGGUGACCCAACCUCUAUGAUGACCAUGGAGAAAGGUGACGAGGAGGCCAUUUCGCCCACUCUCGCCUACAGAGAAAAUGAGAAGGUUGUCUAA